GUUUGCCAUCAUUGCGGUACAAAGUGGAAACUAGUAAUUCCCGCGCUUACAAAAUACAGUAGAAGAGAGCCCGGAAGGUAUAAAGAAUGUUGCUUUUAAUGUCGUGAUUAAUGCUCAGGAAAAGAACUAACGAGAGGAGCGCCAACUGCCGGCAGCGGCCACGCCUAUGGCAAAACUGCACAAACCUUCGGUCUCUAAGGCAAAUCCAUGCUUCCCUUAUCAUCAAAGGCUUCAAUUCAAACUUAUCAGCCUUAAGAGAGCUCAUAUUCGCCACUGCCAUUGCUAUUUCUGGCACCAUGGACUAUGCUCACCAAAUAUUCGCUCAAAUUUCCGAACCAGACAUCUUCAUGUGGAACACCAUGAUGAGAGGCUCAGCUCAAAGUCAAAACCCUUUACGAGCAAUUUCAGUCUAUUCCCAUAUGGAAAAUCGAGGUAUAAAGCCUGAUAAAUUCACGUUUUCGUUCUUGCUCAAGGCUUGUACUAGGGUGGAAUGGAAAAAAACCGGUCUUUGUAUUCAUGGUAAGGUUACUACAUAUGGGUUUCAAGAAAAUGCGUGCGUGAGAAAUUCCCUUAUCUAUCAUCAUGCUAUUUGUGGGGAUUUGGCCAUAGCUAGAGCCAUUUUUGAUGAUUUAGCAGGCAGGGAUGUUGUUGCUUGGUCUGCUUUAACUGCAGGAUAUGCAAGGAGAGGGCAGUUGAGAGCAGCAAGGCGGCUGUUCGAUGAAAUGCCUGUGAAAGAUAUGGUUGCUUGGAAUGUGAUGAUUACAGCAUAUGCGAAGAGAGGGGAGAUGGAGAAUGCGAGGAGACUCUUUGAUGAGGUUCCUAAAAGGGAUGUUGUGUCGUGGAAUGUGAUGAUUGCUGGAUAUGUGCUUUGUAGGCAGAAUGAGCAGGCUUUGGAAAUGUUUGAGGAGAUGAGAAGUGUGGGAGAGCAGCCAGAUGAGGUCACUAUGUUAAGUCUUUUGUCAGCUUGCACAGAUUUAGGAGAUUUGGAGGUUGGCAGGAAGGUUCAUCAUGCAAUUUUGGAGAUGAGUUUAGGCCAUACGAGUCUCUUACUUGGAAAUGCACUUAUAUACAUGUAUGCCAAGUGUGGGAGCAUUGAAAGAACACUUGAAGUGUUCAGAGGAAUGAUGGAGAAAGAUGUGUCGACAUGGAAUUCAGUUAUAGUAGGGUUGGCUUUUCAUGGCCAUGCUGAGGAGUCAAUCAAUUUGUUUACAGAGAUGCGGAGGUUGAAAAAUAUUAAGCCAAAUGAAAUCACGUUUGUUGGGGUUCUAGUUGCUUGCAGUCAUACUGGUAAAGUAGAAGAGGGAUAUCAAUAUUUUAAUCUUAUGAAAGACAGGUAUAAUAUAGAGCCAAAUGUAAGGCAUUAUGGGUGUAUGGUUGAUCUUUUAGGGCGUGCAGGGCUUUUGCAUGAUGCAUUUGAUUUCAUUGAUAAAAUGAAGAUUGAACCUAAUGCUGUAAUAUGGAGGACUCUGUUGGGAGCUUGUAGGAUACAUGGAAAUGUUGAGCUGGGUAGGCAUGCAAAUGAGAAACUUCUUGAAAUGAGAAGGGAUGAGAGUGGGGAUUAUGUGUUACUUUCCAACAUCUAUGCUUCAGUCGGAGAGUGGGAUGGGGCUCAGAAAGUGAGGAAGUUAAUGGAUGAUAAUGAUGUGAAGAAAGAUCCUGGCUGUAGCCUGAUUGAAGCAGAUGAAAGAGCUCUUAUGCAAUUUUUGUUUGAUCCAAAAGUACAAGUUAAAUGUGAGAAAUCAAAUAUCCAGAGCUAAAAGUUGAACUAUGGAAUGAUUGAUCUAGUUUCACCGGGAAAUGGCCACAGCAGAGAGAAAGAUUAGCAAUAUUAACACUGCUAUUCCGACAAAGGACCCGAUCAAGGAGCCGGAUAUGCGUUCGCAGAAGGAGUUGAAUUGUUGGCAGAUAGCAAACCAGUUUGCCCUAGUAUUUCCCUUGUGCGCCAAGUAUACAAUUGCUGCUGCUGCUGCUGCUCCACCAGUUAAAAGAGUCACCAUUACCUAUAUAUUACCAGACCCAGGAGACUUUUGUUUAGUUAGGGAAAAGUUUUGCUAACUGAAUCAUAUAUGUAUAUAUAGCUGCUUUGUAUGAUUCAUCAUUGUAAUACCUCUAAAUGUAUUUGAUUAUAGUUAAACUCGAAGGAAAUUACCGUAUCAAAUAUAAUGAAGAUAAUUCUACUGUUCUUUGCA